ACUGAGCGAAGAAAAACAGUUCAGUGGCAUUCGAUUGUGAAUCUUGUUCAAAUUGUACCUCUUCCCAGCAAUUGUAAAACAUACUGUGGUUUUCAUGCCAGAGGAGGUGUGGCUGAUUGAGGUAACAGGGUUGGUGGAGAGGUGAAGGUAUCAUAUAGCAGCUAUAAAACAGCCAAGGGAACUCAACGAGGACAUUUCUGCUGAGAUACUUUCGGACCAUACAGCACCAGUGACACCAUGAGGUUCCAGGCUCUGUUCUUUCUCCUGCUCCUGGCAUGCAUGUACCUCACUCUGGCUCAAGGGUCGUAUGAGAACUGCUGUCUGAGGCAUGUUGCUGGCCUGAAGAAGAGUACCAAGAGGAAUGUUGUAAGCUACAGGAUACAGGAAACAGAUGGAGGCUGCAACAUCAAGGCCGUUGUGUUCACACUGAAGAAAGGGAAGACUGUUUGUGCCAAUCCCAGCCACAAAUGGGUACAGUAUCUGAGGACUGUUGUCGAUAAGACUCCAGGGAAUGAGGGGAUGUAGUUGAUCAGUUGCUUCGUUGGAGGAUCUUUCAACCAGUGUAUGCCAAUUUCCAAAAAUAGGACAGUCAUAUCAUCCUGUAACUAGAAUGUGAACUUCAUCAUUAUAUUACUCAUUAUAUUACAGUUUGGCUGAAUGAGUUUAUAUUACAUGCUUUUGGGAAGAUACCUGAGAUUCCAUGGUUUAGAUGGCUGUUAGCAUGAGGUGACUAACCGUACCUGCUUGUAAUGUGCCACGGCAGCUUAGCAUUACUGUGUGUGAGGGACG